AUGAUCUCUGCCGCAAAAUUCUCGGGUUCUGCGCGGACAGCUGCGAUUCUCCGUGGUCAGGCCUUACGAAACGCGAAUAGUCACAACAUUGCAUUUCAUAGGUUAUUGAACCAGGCUCAAUCUACGAUAAACAGCAAUCAUGCUUCGAAGACCUCUUUCACACCCGCAGUCGCGCCUUACCUGAGACGAAGCCUGCAUUCUACGUCGAUUUUGAGUCAAAAACAACAGGAAAAAGAGUCGGAUGCCAGCAACCAGAAGGGUAAAACACAGGAACAGGAAGCGGAAUCCGAGGGCGAUGACAAGAAAGAUGGCCAAAAGGAAGGAGAAUCUGAAGACAAGAAAAAAGACGCUCCUCCUCCUCCCCCUCAUGGAGACAAGACCCCGUGGCAGGUCUUCACCGAGACGCUGCAGACCGAGUUCAAAAAAUCGAAAGAAUGGGAAGAGUCUACUAAGGCACUUGCGUCAUCUGCGCACCAAUUCACCGAAAGUGACUCGGUCAAGCGAGCCCGUGCUGCUUACGAAGCAGCCUCCUCCACUGCCUCUUCAGGUACGGCAUCUGCUUUGAAGUCGACUGGAAAGGCCAUAGGGCAGGGAGCAGCUUGGACAUGGGAUACGCCUGUGGUUAAAGGACUUCGUAAAGGAGUCACCGUGACGGGAAAGGGCAUUGAAAAGGCCACUCGGCCCGUCCGAGAAACCGAGGCUUACAAGACGGCAGUUGGUGGCGUUAAAGAUGCUAUUGACGACGGUAGCAGCUCGCGCUAUGGUGGAUGGGUAGAAAAGGAGGAGCGCCGGCGCCAAAGAGAGUUGCGUGAACAAAACUCUGGCCGAACGGGCAAGGCUGAGAAAAUGGAAGAAGAUCCAGAAGCUGGUACAAAUGUGACAGUGCACAAGGAUUCUGCCUGGAAAGAAUCCUGGCGUGAUUUCCGCGAUACAAGCCCCGUGAUGCAAAGGCUAUUCUCCCUCAAAGACUCGUAUAACGAAUCCGAAAAUCCUCUCAUUUCGACGGCUCGAAGCAUUUCCGAUCGUGUUUCCGGAUUCUUUGCAGAGAACGAAACCGCAAAAGUGAUCAAAAAAUUCCGCGAGAUGGAUCCUAGUUUCCAGCUAGAACCUUUCCUUCGAGAGAUGCGGGAAUACAUCUUGCCAGAAGUUCUCGAUGCGUAUGUCAAGGGAGACUCUGAGACGCUGAAGCUUUGGUUAUCGGAUGCACAAUACUCGGUGUAUGCUGCAUUGGCCCAACAAUAUACCACCCUUGGACUAAAGUCGGAUGGCCGAAUCGUGGAUAUUAGAGGCGUAGAUAUCGCCAACGCCCGCAUGUUGGAACCGGGUGACAUUCCCGUGUUUGUGGUUACAUGCCGUACUCAAGAGGUCCAUGUCUAUCGCAACGCGAAAACCAACGAGCUUGCUGCUGGAAUGGAAGACCGAGUCCAGCUUGUCACAUACGCGAUUGGUGUCACCAGGAUUCCCGAGGACGUCAACAACCCAGAAACCAGAGGCUGGAGAAUGAUCGAACUGCAAAAGGCAGCAAGAGACUACAUUUAA